AUGGCUUUCCUGUGUCCCGUGAGAAUACGCCGAGGCAAGAAGAAAAAAAGUGGUUCUACCAGCGACUUGGACAAAGAAGUGUUACGAGGAACCAACGCUAAUGGACCGGUUCCUGGUAUGGGGCGUAUUACCGGCAGUGCCUCCAUUGAGACGCUGGUGCGUGUCGGGAUCGAGAAGGAAAAUGGCUUGUCACCUGAUAGUAAAAUGGUUGUACUUCAUGAUUUCACACCGUGCGUUGAUGAUGAGCUAACUGUGAAACGAGGCCAGGUCGUCAACAUCCUAUACCGAGAGAAUGACUGGGUAUAUGUAAUUGCGGAGGACAGUCGUCAAGAAGGUUUUAUACCUCAUUCGUAUUGUACACCUUAUAAUUCACAACUUGGUGAAAUAGCUUUAAAUAAUGUUAAAAAGAAAUUACCACGUGCACCAGCUGCUACGCCAACUGAAACUGUUGUUGAAGUUGAAAUCAAUGAGCAACAAAAACAUGGUAAUUGUGGUGAUUUAUCUGAUUGUGAAAGUUUUGGCAAUAAAACUCAAGAUCACAAAAAUCAAAACAAACAGAACAUUAGUAGCUCUAGAGCUUCAUUAUUAAGUGCGUCUUCACAUCCUGAGAUUCGACCAUUUUUUAAAGACCCUGCUGGGCGUUACAUUGUAUUAUACACUUUCAUAGCAAGAGAUGAGAAUGAUGUAAGUGUGGAGAGAGGAGAAUUUGUGACUGUAUUAAACAGAGAAGACCCUGAUUGGUAUUGGAUUAUUCGCAGUGAUGGACAGGAAGGUUUUGUUCCUAGUGGAUUUGUAUAUCCAGCUGAUAUAAUACAAGGGCAUAUAAAUCAAAUGAGUAAUAAUCAGUGUGCUGGUACUACUAAUACUGGUCUACCUCCGGUUACACGUGCACGCCCACGCAAAAACUCUUGUGUGGCUGAUGACGAUCCAGCAAUUCAUGGUACUGAAAUGGUAAUGCUUUAUGAUUAUAAGCCUCAAGCCCCAGAUGAUCUGUCAGUUAAGCGUGGUGAAUGGAUAUAUGCAGAUCUUGACAAUCAAAUGGUCGAAGGGUGGUUAUGGACUUAUGCUCCUAAAACGAGAAAAUACGGUUUCAUACCUAAAGCAUACGCUCAUCCACCUGCUAUGACCAGUUUGUGA